AUGUCGAAUUUAUCCAAACCUGAGUUUGUGGCAUUAGAUAUUUCUCGAAAGAAUUAUCUUUCAUGGGUACUCGAUGCUGAGAUUUGCUUAGCUGCAAAAAGUCUUGAUGGCAUCAUUACUCAGGGAAAUGAAUCUUCGAGCCAAGAUAAGCCGAAGGCUAUGAUUUUCCUUCGCCAUCAUCUUGAUGAGGGCCUGAAGAUUGAAUAUCUGAUGGUAAAAGAUGCACUUGAAUUGUGGACUGAUUUAAAGGGGAGAUAUGACCACCUAAAGGCAACAAUGUUGCCAAGAGCUCGUUAUGAGUGGAUGCAUUUACGAUUUCAAGAUUUUAAGACUAAAUAUUCUGAAUUAAUCUCAUGUCUUUUGGUGGCUGAGCAACAUAAUGCUCUUUUAAUGAAAAAUCAUGAAGCUCGUUCUACUGGAGCUGCUCCAUUAUCGGAGGCAUAUGUGGUGGAAGCACGUGAUCAAUCUGAAGUAAAAAGAGAAGAUCAUCGGGGCUAUAAUAAUGCACGGGGACGUGACAAAGAUAAGAGACAAUACACCAAUCGUCGAGAUGGUGGUCAUAAUAAAAGGGAGAACAACAUGAGUUCUCAAAAUAACCCCUCAAAAAGUAAUUGCCUUCGUCGUGGCAUGAAACACCAUUGGAAGAAUGAAUGUCGCACACAUGAGCAUUUUGUUAAGCUCUACAAAAAUUCCUUUAAAAGGAAAGGAAAUAAAAGUGGUGCUUCCUCUUCCAAUGCUCGAGCUGAGUGA